AAGAAAGUUACCGGAGAAUAGGACGUGGUUUUGAAAUGGUUCAAAUAUUUUAAUUAUUAUGUUUUCUGCAAAUAUUAUGCAUGUUUUAUAAUAACGUACAGUUUGGAAGAUAAGAACAUAGAAUAGUUUACAGCUGCACGGAUUAACUGCUUUAGCUCUCCGUUUAACAGACGAACAUUUGAUUUGUAUCGAGUCUGUAAACAUGAGUUGUGUUAGAUAUUUGAUGCACAGAAGGUUGCUUCGACACCUCAGUAAAUCCGUGUGUGAGCACAGACUCCAUGGCUGGCAAAGAAACCAGAGCAGACUGAUCCGGACCUCCAGCAAAGCCAUGACCAUCAUGCCUGCUUGGGUUAUUGAUCAAUAUGGAAAUAAUGACGUACUGCGUUUCACAAAUAACGCCAGCUUCCCCAUCAUCAAUUACCCCAAUGAAGUGAUUAUAAAGGUGUUUGCAGCUGGAUUGAACCCGCUGGACGUCAGCAUGAGAGGUGGCUAUGGCUCUGCUACGAUGGCUAUGAAAAGAGAUCCUCUGAAUAUCAAACAGACAGGCAGCGAGUUUCCUCUCAUUCUGGGAAGAGACGUUUCUGGUGUCAUUAUGGAAUGUGGCCUGGAUGUGAAGUACUUCAGAGAGAGAGAUGAGGUAUGGGCAGCAAUCCCACCUUGGAAACAGGGCAGUUUAGCUGAGUUUGUGGUUCUUAGUGCGAAUGAGAUAUCCCAUAAACCAAAGUCAAUAAGUCACACACAGGCAGCAGCCAUCCCCUAUGUGGCGACCACUGCUUGGUCUGCACUGGUCAACACGGGUGGACUCAGUAAAGACAACUGUGCCAAUAAACGAAUUUUGAUCCUUGGAGGAUCUGGGGGAGUUGGAACAUUUGCAAUCCAGAUGCUGAAGGCGUGGGGAGCUCAUGUGACAGUUACCUGCUCCCACAAUGCCGAGCAGUUCGUAAAAGGACUCGGGGCAGAUCAUGUGGUCGACUACACAGCUGGACCUGUUGAAGAGCCGCUAAGUGCGCUUGAGAAAUUUGACCUGGUCCUUGAUAACAUAGGGGGCGACACUGAGCAAUGGGCCCUGGGCCUGCUUAAACCAUGGACUGGAGCCAAAUACGUCACUCUUGUUACACCUUUUCUUCGGAACACAGACCAGCUGGGUGUAGCUGACGGCAUGCUGCAGACAGCUGCCACAGUCGCCACCAAAGUCAUCAAGCAUUUAGUCAAAGGAGUCCAUUACCGCUGGGGUUUCUUUGCACCAAGUGGUCCAGCUCUGGAUGAGAUAGGAAAAAUGGUGGAUGCAGGACAGAUCCGUGCCGUGGUGGAGGAGAUGUUCAGCUUCUCCCAAGUCCCUCAGGCCUUCGAUAAGGUAGAGAAGGGCCACGCCCGAGGAAAGACUGUGGUGGAAAUCAGCAAAGGGGGAUCUUGAUGUACAAAAUGGACUCUCAACAGGAAUGUGUAUGUGUUUGAACAAUUAUGACACAAACUACUUGAAAAUAAAUGAAAUGCUGCAGCUUGCACUACUUUUUUUUUAUAGCAGAAAACACAAAACCUUAAGCAAGGUCACGGUGUUUGUUGCUACUGCAGUGUGACAUUUGGACAAAGAGAUAAGGAAAUAGGUCUGGAAAAUGCCCUUUUCUAAAUUUUUGCCAUUGUCACUUAAAUAAAAUGUCAUACUCUAACUUUCUGCUGCAUUAACAAAUAUACAAUUAUUUUAGCUUUAAAUAAAACAAAGAUUUUGCAAAAUCAGCUAGGUUGGUGUUUUGUAACACAAUGUGACAUUUUAAACAUUUUGUAUUUUCUCACACCAUUUUAAACAUUUUUUAAGAGUUUUGACAUUAGACAAGGUUGUAAAAUAGAUUCUCUUCAAAUUUGACUUCAGGUGAAGUUAACAGCAGAUCCAAGAGAACAGUGAAAAAUAAUUUUUAUUUUAUUGUAACAGCCUGUAACAUCAAACGUUUUCUCACAUAUUUACAACCACUAGGGGGCAAUAUUCUAAUUGCAUUUUUGUUUAAAAUUGUAAAUCAGUCUGUACAAUCGAGGCGAAUUAUGUACAGUGUAAU